AAAAGAAAAGGAGAGACAACAACAGAGAAGAAAGUCCACUCAGAGGAGGGAGAUGAAGACCUUCAGUAGCCAAAGCCAGCCUGAGCAGCGCGGAGCCCUCUGCACCCUGCACAGCCUCAGCAGCGGCGCUAUGAGUCCCCUCAGCACGGCCAGCGUCACCCUGGCAGUCCUGUUCAUCCUCACCAUACCAGCCUCUACAAGUGCCCCAGUCAGUCUUCAGCAAGUCACAACAGACCAGAGGCAGCUACUUCGUCAGAUAGACGCUGUUUGCUCAUCCUACCUUUCUGCAGGCCUGAAGUACUGGACAUCAGAUGUCAUAGGAGAACUCUGUAUCUUGAUGUUGGUUCAGAAGUCAAAGGAGCUGAGAGUUCAAGAAAACAGUAAAAGGUUUUCAUUUCACUAUGCCAGACCCCAAGACUAUCUCUUGUCACAGGGCGAGAACUCUCAGUUGCACCCUCUUCUGCAUCUCGUUUCUCAGCUCCAUCCCAGAAGAGAGAGAGGACUCGUAAUGAGCGCUGAACUCCAGGGACCUGGCGGAAUUGAAAGCAGGGGCUACUUCCUCUAUCGGGUAUGUGUGCGUCAGGUAGUGACAGGAAGUAAAAGCUGCACAUUAAAUAACAGAAAUUAUAAGCUUCUCUUUGCUCUUAUAGCCACGAAAUGGAAAACGGUCUUUAGAAUAUGAAUAAAAGGAAAAGAAACUCCGCCUGCGUGUGUACAGAGACACGGACCCGCGCUGCACGAUGACUGAGUGAUCCCGACGCCUGCCACUGCCCUUUGACUCUGCUGUACAUUGAUGUUUGAAACUAUACAAUGAAUGCCAAUUAAACUACCAUUCAUUUGUCCAGAUUUUAUUUUGUGUGAUUCAUUUAGGUUGCUCAAGUGUGAGUCGUGACAUAUUAUUCUGGCGUCAGUCUUUGUAUUUGGAACAAGUUGGAGGAAAAUACACAAAACUAUACACUUUAGCAUAAAAGUAUAUUGAUGUUGAAUUGUUUGGAGUCUCUUCUCCUUUGGUUAAAUAAUUUGUUUGUGACAUUAUUUGCAGAAUUUGUAAGUUAAAUAUGCAGUUAUUAUUACCAGCAGUAGAUGCCGCCAUCGUUCCACUGCUAAUGUGUGUUAUAUUUACAGAAUAAGAUUGUUUAUUGGUGAGAUUGCCAACAGAGUUGUGUCUACAAUCAUUUGACAGCCUCUGCAAACUAAGUUUACUGCCAAUUUCCAAAAGCGGUCAGUUGUUUACUAUUAUAAGUAUGAGUAAUAUUACGCAGAUUUUUCCCAAAUUCAAAUGAGUACUGCAGUGACAAAAAAUAUUCAUUUAUGAAGAAUGCAAUUCUUCAAAAAUGCCCACAUGUAUGAAUUUGGGUUGUUUUCAGACAAUCGAGGACUUUGUUAGUUGUAUUUACCGUGCUUUAGAUAGUACACCGCCAAUACCUGGCCUGUUAACAUUUCACUGAAUACAGUUGAAAGCAUAAAGUCAGAUGUGGAACAGUUACUAUGCCGCUUGGGUCUGACUGUUGUUUCAAAUUCAAUCGUAGCACUUUUACUUUUUGGGGAAUGUUUUUAAAAUUAGUCUAUGAAAAACCCAUGUAAAGAAGGUGUGCCAGAAAAU